CGGAUCCUCCCAAGCCUAUUCCACUGGGCUAGCAAGAGGGUCUGGAUAUUUACUCUUACUUGAGGCCAACAUAUAAGAAGGAAAGUAUUGGGUUGCUGGUUCUUUCAAAUUGUGAGAGUUGGGUGGAGCCUGUUUGCUGUCUGAGGCCACUCAUUCAAGAGGUCAGUCACCCCAGAGUAGCAGAGAAGGCUCCAGGCCUGGGUGUGUGAUAAGAGCAGAGCUACCAGAUGGGCUGGGCCGCCACAGGCUGCAGCACUGCCCUCCAGGUGACAGCCCUGCAGAGCACUCAGGUGCAAAGACCAUCCAGCGCUCCUGUGAGAGGAGGAAGAAGACACAUAGAAAUCAGUGUCGCUCCCAACAGUAGAUCAAGGCAGGCCCCCGGCACCCAGGACCCAGGGCACUCCUGCAUCUGAGAAAGGACAGAAAGUCACAACCCUUCUUAGCAAGUGCUCUGGAGAGGCUGUUGGAGCUGGAAACAAGACUACAUUGAUUAGCCAUCCCUGGGUCUGCAGGGCGUUGCUCAGGAACCAGAAUCUAGGAGGCCAGAAGGGCAGCUGGGGAGUGAAGAGGCCUAAGGACUUCAUUGUCAGAAACGUCCCAUAAUCAGAAGUGGGGCAUGGACCACAGUGAGGAAGUUACCCAAGCCCUAGCUGGCUCUGCAGUGCCUCAGGAGCUGCUGGAAGAAAUGCUUUGGGUUUUUCGGGUAGAAGAUGCUUCUCCUUGGAAUAUUUCCAUUUUUGUCUUGAUGGGCGUGGUGAUCGUGAUAAGCAUUGUCCUCCUGGAAAGGAGCAUCAAGGCAAACAGAAAUCAAAAGAUGCAGCCAUCAGAAAAACAAACUCCAGAAGCCCUACAUUUGGCGGAGGCCGGAACCAAAGACGACAACAGUCUGAACAUUCUAAGAGAGACGUUGCUCUCAGAAAAGCUCAAUGUACACCCGGUGGAAGUUGAGUUAAAAGAGAGGCGUGCAUCACAGGCUCUCCUCGCAGACCCACAAGGAUCUGAGAGUGAGAACGCGGACCAGUGCCCCAUGUCGUUAGCAGCUGAAAUGAAAGAACUGCCAGCAAACUAAAAUUGUGUCAUGAAAAGAAAUGCCUUUUUAUUAAAAUGCUUCCGGAUAUGG